ACAUCAAAUUGACAUUCAACGUUUUGAAACUUCCCAUAACGUUGGUUGUUAGUCUUUAACUUUUUCCUGCUAUUUUUAUAAUAUUAUCUUAGUCUCCCGAAGCUCCUGCAGAGAUCCUUGAAAAAUAUGGGCGACAGUAAGCGAAAGGUUUUAAUGGUGUGUUUAGGAAAUAUUUGCCGGUCACCAAUAGCCGAGGCCGUUCUCCAGGAUGCGGUGAGCAAAGCUGGUGUUGCUUCAGAAUGGGAAGUGGAUAGUGCCGCGAUUGGAGGAUGGCACGUUGGUAAGAGUCCCGACCACAGAGCCCUGAAGACCAUGUCCAACCACGGACUUCCCUACUCCAACAAAGCGCGACAGAUUACAAAGCGGGACUUUGAGGAGUUCGACUACAUUUUCGGGAUGGACAAGGAGAAUAUUAAGGAUUUGAGUGAUUUGAAGCCGUCGAAUGCCAAGGCUAAGAUUUUACUUCUAGGCGACUUCGAUCCAAAGGGGGAGAGGAUUAUACGCGAUCCGUACUAUGAUAGUGGCUCCGAGGGAUUUGAAAAGUGCUUCCAGCAGUGCAGCCGGAUGUGCCCGGAAUUCUUUAGCCGAGCUAGGGCAGGAGAUAUUUAACUUAUUUAUUUUGCAGGUGCUUGUAUGAAGCUAUUAUUUAUCUUUGUAUGAAUGUAAGAAAUUAUCGGGUAAUGCAAGGAUGACUUCAGUCCAGUAAAUCUAACGAUGACAGUGUAUUUUUAAGGAAGGAAAAUAAAGGCAGAAAAAAUGGGAAGGA